CUGCACUCGAUUUGGUGUUCAACAAGUUUUUUAAUCCAGUCAUUUCAUAGGCAGUAUCUUUUCCAUAAUUCACAGACAACAGACUCUGGAAUCGGCCCUAUCCUGCUACCUGCAGGUGUUCCCCCCUAGACCUCCCCUCUCAAUCUCCGCAAGCUCCGUUCAACCAUGGCCAAGGUCGACCAGAAGGUUGUUUUGAUUGUUAUCGACGGCUGGGGAAUCCCGUCGGAAACCUCCCCUCCAGAUGGCGACGCCAUCGCCGCCGCUGAGACCCCCUACAUGGAUGAGUUCGCAAAAGAAGGCUCCAAGACUGCACAAGGCUAUACCGAGCUGGAGGCUUCUUCACUAGCCGUGGGCUUGCCUGAUGGCCUAAUGGGUAACUCGGAAGUCGGCCAUCUCAACAUUGGCGCAGGCCGAGUGGUCUGGCAAGACAGCGUUCGAAUUGGCCAGACAAUCAAAAAAGGCGAGAUGAAGAAUGUGCCGAAUGUCAAAAAAUGCUUCCAAAGAGCUGUUGACGGCAACGGCAGGCUUCAUUUCGUCGGCCUUGUCAGCGACGGUGGUGUCCACAGUCACAUGGAUCACCUUUUCGCUCUUCUUCAGGUCGCCAAAGAAAUGAAAGUGCCAAAGGUCUUUAUUCACUUUAUCGGAGAUGGCAGAGAUACCGAUCCGAAGAGUGCUUCUGGAUACAUGCAACAACUUCUGGAUAAGACGAAAGAAAUGGGUGUUGGUGAGUUGGCCACCGUUGUUGGUCGAUACUACAUCAUGGACCGAGACAAGAGAUGGGAUCGUGUCGAAAUUGGCAUGAAAGGCCUUGUCACGGGCGAGGGUGAAGAAUCGACAGACCCGGUGGCAACAAUCAAGGCACGGUACGAGAAGGGAGAGAAUGAUGAAUUUCUCAAGCCCAUCAUCGUGGGUGGUGACGAAAGAAGAGUCAAGGACGGUGACACGCUCUUCUUCUUCAACUACCGGUCAGAUCGAGUGAGAGAAGUCACUCAGCUCCUAGGUGACUACGAUCGAUCCCCAAAGCCAGAUUUUCCCUAUCCAAAAGAUAUUCAGAUCACGACCAUGACUCAGUACAAGACCGACUACACCUUCCCCGUCGCCUUCCCUCCCCAGCACAUGGGCAAUGUGCUGGCGGAAUGGCUAAGCAAAAAGGGUGUCAAACAAUGUCAUGUCGCAGAGACGGAGAAAUAUGCUCAUGUGACGUUUUUCUUCAACGGUGGAGUCGAAAAACAAUUCGAGGGCGAAGAGCGGGAGAUGAUCCCCAGUCCCAAGGUUGCCACUUACGAUCUGGAACCUCCCAUGAGUGCGCAGAAGGUGGCCGACAAACUCAGCGAAAGGAUCUCCGAGAAGAAGUUCGAGUUUUUGAUGAACAACUUUGCACCCCCCGAUAUGGUGGGCCACACUGGAGUGUACGAAGCAGCAAUCAAGGGAGUGGCGGCGACGGAUGCCGCCAUUGGAAGCGUGUACGAGACUUGCAAGAAAGAAGGUUACAUUCUGUUCGUGACGUCCGACCAUGGCAAUGCUGAGGAGAUGUUGAACGAGGAGGGUACACCAAAGACCUCGCAUACUACCAAUAAAGUUCCAUUCGUCAUGGCAAACGCGCCUGAAGGCUGGACUUUGAAGAAGCAAGACGGAGUGCUUGGUGAUGUGGCACCCACAGUGCUGGCGGCGAUGGGCAUAGAGCAGCCAGAAGAAAUGGGCGGGACGAGUCUUUUGAUUAAGAAGUAAGUGGACCUUGAAGUCGACAAGGGAUAUUGUUAGCAAUAUCUUUACCGACUGCCAGGCCCAGCUUGUACAUUGGCUGUGAGCGUUGUGGUACCUUAGAGACAUGAGCUGAUGAGACAUGAAAUAGACGAAAAGCAAGCAACUUGAACCCACAAGCGGAGGAAUAGCGUCUUCCUUUCAGGUCUUCUGAGCCAAAUCGCAAGAGCGUGACUCCAGAGAACGUCGGGGACCUUAUUUCUAUUCUCGAGAGGAUUCGACUGUUUCAGUUAAGAACAGGACGUACUGGUUGACAUGACGACGAAACAAUCUUGACCAUCUUAUUUCCUGGUUGAUAGCUGAUAAUUCCCAUCCACCCUGCCAUCAUGGCAUGGCUGAGUUGCCCAACACGGGAAGGGAAGGGAAAAUGGAAAAUGAUUCCGGGCUUGAUGGAUUGGGUCGAGUUACACAACAUGUGUAUUUGUUCAGAUAGAGGUAGUACAACAUGGUCUAAUGCUCACUCUCAGAAA